GUUUUCCUCAUAUGACAAAUGCAAACAUUCUGACGCUCCCCUUAUACUGUAUGCAUAGAAACACCUUUAUGAAUUGCAAAAUUCACCAGAUGCAAGACAGAAUAAAAAGCAGAAGAGAGACUCAACAGAAACAUCAGAAAGGCACUCGUCUGCAACAUGUUCUGGAUCAUCAGCUGUUUUGUUUUGGUGGCCUCCGCUGCCGUAUUGUUAAUGGAGGAAAUUCGUUUUCUGCUUGGCCCUGGCAGGUCUCUAUCCAGAGAUCCGAAGGUGUUCAUUUCUGUGGAGGAACUCUGAUCAACAAGAACUGGAUUCUUACUGCUGCUCAUUGCUCUGUUCAAGCUGGAUAUCACCAAGUUGUGCUUGGAGAGCAUGACCGCGGCUCUAAUGAUGAAGCCGUUCAGAUCAAGAAAAUUGCCAAGGUCAUCGUUCAUCCUCGCUUCAACAAAAAGAACUUUAACAAUGAUGUUGCACUGCUGAGAUUGUCCUCUCCAGCACAGAUAACGUCCCGUGUCUCUCCUGUAAAUCUGGUUUCCUCCUCCACCAACAUCCCUUCUGGAACCCUUUGUGUCACCACUGGUUGGGGCAGAACCGCGACCGGUCAAGGUCCUCGUAUCCUGCAGGAGACCACUUUGCCCAUAGUGAGUACUGCUGAGUGCAAGCAGUACUGGGGUCUGACAAGAUCGAUUACAGAUUCCAUGAUUUGUGCCGGAGGUUCUGGAUCUUCAUCCUGCCAGGGUGAUUCUGGUGGUCCUCUGGUGUGUGACAGCAAAGGUGUUUGGUAUCAGGUGGGCAUUGUUUCAUGGGGAACAAAGGAAUGCUUGGUUAAUGCUCCAGGAGUCUACUCUCGUGUGUCUUUCCUCCGCCAAUGGAUUGAUGAUACUGUCUCAUCAGUUUAUACCCUGCAUUGAAAUGAUUACGGCACUUUUUAUUUGUAUGAACUUGAGCAACCUAUAAUGUGAAACAUGUUAAUUUAAUAACUUAUUUAAUCUGGAGUAUUUACUUGUUUUAUCUUCUGACUCACAAAUCUUCAAUAAAAUAU